AUUUUCCCCAUUGUUUUAUCCGGAAUCGGUUUGUUCGGAGUGUGUUUAGAAUGAAUCGUGAAGCAUUUAUAAUUCGCGAUUGUCACACGGUCUAAAAUUAUUAUUAGUUCAACAAAGAUCUCCAGAAAGUGACAAAGGAUUUAUGAUUUCUAAAGUCUGAUAUUUUCAUAGUAGAAUGACGGUAACAGGUGAAAAGGGAAGUGUGCCAAGUAUUAAAGAUUUCUUACCUCAAGUGUUCGCUGCUCUCUCAGGAUGCCUCUUUGCAAUAUCAGAUGGAAUGACAUACGCUUGGACAUCUCCCAUGGUGCCAUACUUAACUAGCAACAGUAGCCACAUAGAAACAAAUCACGAAGAAGCAGAAUGGCUCGAAGCUUGCUACCUAUAUGGAUCUCUCUGUGGAUUACCCCUAACUUUAUACUCAGUCAACAAAUUCGGCAGGAAGGCUUCAGUGAUAUAUGCAUCAGUGGGGGUGCUAACCUCUUGGGCACUGAUUGGUCUUGGGGACAAAAUGAUAUACCUGUUUGUCGGUAGAUUCCUCUCUGGAGCAGCUGCAGACAUGGCCUACGUAGCAUGUCCCAUGUACGUGUCGGAAUUUGCCGAUGAAAGAAUACGAGGUUUUCUCUCUGGAUUGGUCAUGGUGAUGGACCACACUGGCUCCCUUAUAAUCUACGCACUUGGCCCUUUUACACCUUACUACGUAGUGCCUGUAUUAGCUUCCACACUGGUAUCCGCCAAUAUCCUCUUACUCGUAUAUUUUAUACCAGAAUCGCCAUAUUUCCUGUUAGAAAAUAACCGAGUGGAGGAAGCUACUAAAGCUAUAAAAUUUUUUAAGUCGUAUAAAAAUAUUGAAGAAGAAGUUAAUCAAAUAUCUUUAGCCUUGGAAAGAAAGAAGAACAACAGUGGCAGCUUCAAGCACAUACUUUCGAGCAAAUAUAACCAGAUCUCUUUAACAAUUAUAGUAGCAUUAAAUUUGGUUCCCCAACUUCUAGGUUACUCAACUAUUGUGAUGAAUUUACACAUCAUCCUUGACUCUGCCCAGACUGUUCACAUCAACUCGUCUCACGCUGCUAUCCUUUAUGGUAGCAUAAUGUGGAUAGCCUCCAUUUUCUGUUCUGUAUUAGUAGACCGAUUUGGAAGAAAAUUGCUAAUCAUUAUCUCUGCUGUUGUGUCCGGAAUGUGUCUGUUCGUUUUAGCUGUCUAUUUCCACUUGCAAUACCUAGGAUUUAACGUGGUUCCUAUUGGUUGGUUGCCUAUAGCGUCAGUUAUGACGUAUGGUCUCUUUUUCAAAAUAGGCAUCGGCAUUAUUCCUCUCAUAGUCACUGCUGAAAUAGCACCAGACACUAUCAAAGCUUUCUCAGUAGCUCUUGGUGACUGCUUGUUCAUAGUUGGAGGAAUUGUCUCAGUCCAACUCUAUCAGUUUGUUACAAAGGUGACAGGAAUGUUUGUCCCAAUGUACAUAUACUUUAUAUGGGCAAUUGUCUUAAUAAUAUUUACCAUAUUCUACGUACCUGAAACCAAGGGUAAAUCAUUGGAUGAUAUACAGAAAAUGUUACGAAUAUCUGCAGCUGAAAAUCCUGAGACUGUGAACAACGAGAAGUAUACAAGAAGGAAUUCUGGAUCUGAAAUUGUGUCUUUAAGUCAUAUUUAAUGUGAUUUUAUAUAUUGUGAUACGAAAAUAUAUUAUUGUUUAUUAUUUUUAUAACUAAUAAAA